UUCAAGGCCCUUGCAUCCUUUCCGCGCGUCCUUAUGAUACGGGUAGGCUAAAUUCCGUAGCCAUGCUGGCUCCAGUAUUCGCUUCAGAUUGUUUGUUUGCAUUUUCUUUCCCAGGUUCGAUGCCGACGCGAGUGAAGGCCGAUCUGUCUGCGUUGGAUGUACGUGUUGGGGGUGCUAGCGACAUGCCAGGGUUGCACAAGCUUUUGUCGGCAGCAGGUCGCAAGUUAAGCUUCACCCACGAGCACAUGCAAGCAGAUCUUGAGGCUGGUUUCUUUUUUUGCCUUGUGGCGGCUGCAUGCGAUGAGCUUGCGGGUGCUAUUGUCUACUUCACGUUAUGGGACGUGUGCAGGUGCCUCCGGUUGUUUUACAUGGAGGAUUUCUAUGUCCAGCAGGCCUGGCGCAGGUGUGGUGUAGGCCGAGCCUUGAUGGGUUCGCUUUUGGACCUGGCCAGAGCGAGCCAUAGUGUUGCUGUGGAUUUCCGGAUGCCAGUCGCAGCCUGCAGAGCUGCAUCCAAUAUAUGCACAUUUUUCGGGGCUCAGUAUUGCACAGAUCUUAUUUCAAUCGCAUUAGACGUCGAUGCCAUGCGAUGCGUUGCCAACGCUGAAGGGUCAGAUGCCUGCGUGACAGUUCGAACGGCCAUACCCUUGGACACGCGCAGAGGGGGAUGCCCUCGGACAGAGGGGGAGCAUCGCAGCUGAUCAGGGAGCUGGCGGCAGAGGAGGGCCAGGAGGAGCACUGCGUGGACGGCCCGCUGCCCCUAGCGGCCGAGGGAGCCGCCGACUGCGCUGGGGCUCCACCGCGGCCCGAUGCUCGCUUCCUCGUGGCGGCGGUGCCGAGAGAUGGAGACGUACAGGAGGUGGUCGGCCUGGCGGUGUACGCCCCGUGUUUUUCCGUCGAAGUCGGUCGCUGCCUCAAGCUGCUCGCGCUGGUCGUGCGCACGGGGUGGAGGGGCCGCGGGAUCGGGAGGCAGCUGAUGGGGAGGCUGUGUGCCGAGGGGCUCGAGCUCCGCGUGCGCAAACUUCAGUGGGAGGUCCUGGAGGGGGCUCGGGCGAUGAGCUUCUACCAGAGGCUGGGGGCACAGGUCGACACAGCGCAGAGGGGAAUCGAGGGAAGCUUUCCAGUGCCAGCAUGAGGCAGGCGUCUCGAGCAAGGCCAAUACUCGCAGGCGGCUGUGUGAGCGAGUCUCCUCCUCUCCUCCUCGCCUCCUCGCCUUCCUGCUCCCUCCCCUCCUGACCUCGCAUCUGGGCCCGGUGCCACACCGCAGGGGCAGCGCCAGGGGGGAUAGGCUCGGGGGGGAAUGUGUCCACUCCUGAUCGCCCAUUCCUCGCCG